CUGAACCGAGGUCCUCAGACCUGAAGUUGAGCAAAGGAACAUAAGUUUAAACUUGACUGGAAAGUGACGUCACCGUUCUCAGUGCCUCAACAUGGAACGUGAGAACUGUGUUUAUACGAGCUGUUACUGUGAGGAAAACGUUUGGACUCUGUGUGAGUCGGUCCGGAGGGACAGAACCGCCCAGCUGGAGGACUUCUUUGUGGUUUUCAUCUCAAAUGAGAAGCGAAUGGUUCCCCUGUGGAAGCAGAAGUCUGGACGAGGAGAGCAUCCCGUUGUCUGGGACUACCACGUGGUGCUGCUGCAGGUCAGACCUCCUUCCUGCUCUCUGGUUUAUGAUCUGGACUCUGAGCUGUCGUUUCCCUGCAGCCUGCAGCUGUACGGGGCCCAGGCCCUGCGCUCAGACCGCAGCCUGCAGCCCGAGUACCACAGGAAGUUGCGUGUCGUUCCUGCUGACAGCUUCCUGUUGAAUUUUGCGUCGGAUCGGUCGCACAUGAAGAACUCUGAUGGGUCCUGGAAGAUGGCCCCCCCACGCUCCAGCAUCUGA